AUGGAGGCGACGGAAGAUGUUGAUUUUGAUAAGGAUGUAAAGAAGCAAACGAAGGAAAACGCGGAUUUGGGCACAUACUUGGCUUUUUUAAUCGAUUGUUUUCUUACUUUCACCAGAAGAGAAUUUUUACAUUCUGAAAUUGACAAAGCGCCAAGUGUUGCAAAAGUGGAAAUGAUUGUUUAUUAUUUAAAUAUUGGUUGCAAAAUUUAUUUUUUUUGGGAUGUUGAGAAAAACGACGAUGAUGAUGGUGGAAAGGAGGCGCCCUUAGAAAAGAAAGAAGAGAGCAUAAUUAGUGGGGAGAAAAAAUUAGAGUGGGGAGAAAAAUUCAAGAAUCGAAGGCAAAGUAGGUAA